CUGUGGUUCCUGUUUGGCGACCCGUCGCCAUUAGUAAUAGCUCGUCCGUACGAUCAUAUUUUUUUUUUUAGGGAAAACUGCACAAUUGUCCGUUUUCCAUUCUUUGGAGAACGGUCAACGCCUUUUUGGGCCAAGUGUUUCCCAGAACGCGAAAACUCUUAACUUUCCUGGGUCUUGGCCCCGCGGUGUGAGCCUUCGCUUCGUUCUCUCUUUCUACACCGCCUCCAUAACUGAGACGCCUAAAUUGUGUCUCUAUUUUUCUCGGUUUGUUUUGUUGUCAAGAUGUCGCCGUAAUGGAGUCUCCCGGUUUGACGGAAAUUAAACAGGGCCUUCGCUGCCUGACCCGCACUCCCAACAAUCAGUUCUCCUCUCCCUUUGUCCCAUUUAAUGCUAGGGAGCACGGACGCUCUCUGCCCGGAGUUCGGCCUAAAUACCUCUCGCAGAAAGGAGACAACCAUGGAGAAGAAUCCAAACAACAAUGCCAACAGCAACAAGGUCCCGCCCCGUUCGAGUUCUACAGGCCCAACACCGGGCGAAUCUAAGCCGAAAACAGGUGAACAUUAAUCAAUGGCUUUUGUCAUUCGAACCAAUUCCUAACUAACCUCCCUCUGGCAGGUUUAGAAUUGUAAUCUGUGGGUGUCAUGGAGUAGAGUGAUGUCCCAUUUCAUGGACCCAAGGUCCAUAGGUAUCGGCUAAUCAGCCCACUAAGUGACACCCACAGAUUACAAUUCUAAAGAGUUUACACAAAUAUUAGCUUCUUAGAUAUUAUUGUCUAACUUUAACUGUGGAGUCGUUCCAUGUCAUAUAAACAAGCCAUAACACCAUCUCAGAUUGUUCUGAAUUCAUUUCUGUAGAUAGAAACAGAUAAGCAUAGCAUUCCUGCAACAUUAUUUUGUUGAAAUAAUAUAAUUUGAUCUAUGAGAAAUUAAGCUAAUUGAUUGCAUCCAGAUUGGCCAUUUUAGUUUAUAGGAUUCAGUAUAUAUAUGCCUAGUACCUGACAAACUUUUUUUCUAACAAUGAGUAAGACGAAGAAUCCAAAGAAAUGGUCAAAAGGCACCCACGGACCACCCCAUGCCAAUCCCAACCCAACAACAAGUAUACAGUAUCAGUUCUCUGUCUGAUGUAGUAUGGAGCUGCGACUUGGAGUAUUGUUUCUUCAUCCUGUGUAAUGUAGUCUCGGUGAAUUUGGUGAUGCAUUUGUGGCACAAAUCAAAUUUUAUUUGUCACAUGCGCUGAUUAGAUGUUCAGGAGUCUUAUGGCUUGGGGGUACAAGCUGUUUAGAAGCCUCUUGGACCUAAACUUGGCGCUCCGGUACCGCUUGUCAUGAGAGAGAACAGUCUGACUAGGGUGGCUGGAGUCUUUGACAAUUUUUAGGGCCUUUCUCUGACACCGCCUGGUAUAAAGGUCCUGGGUGGCAGGAAGCUUGGCCCCUGUGAUGUACUGGGCCAUACGCACUACCCUCAAGUGCCUUGAGGUCAGAGGCCGAGCAGUUGCCAUACCAGGCGUUGAUGCAACCAGUCAGGAUGCUCUCGAUGGUGCAGCUGUAUAUCUUUUUGAGGAUCUGAGGACCCAUGCCAAAUCUUUUCAGUCUCCUGAGGGGGAAUAGGCUUUGUCGUGCCCUCUUCACGACUGUCUUGGUGUGUUUGGACCAUGAUAGUUUGUUGGUGAUGUGGACACCAAAGAACUUGAAGCUCUCAACCUGUUCCACUACAGCCCCGUUGAUGAGAAUGGGGGCGUGCUCAGUCCUUUUUUCCCCCUGUAGUCCACAAUCCUCUCCUUUGUCUUGAUCACGUUGAGGGAGAGGUUGUUGUCCUGGCACCACACUGCCAGGUCUCUGACCUCCUCCCUAUUGGCUGUCUCAUCGUUGUCGGUGAUCAGGCCUACCACUGUUGUCGUCAGCAAACUUAAUGAUGAUGUUGGAGUCAUGCCUGGCCAUGCACUCAUGGGUGAACAGGGAGUACAGGAGGGGACUGAGCACGCACCCAUGAGGGGCCCCCGUGUUGAGGAUCAGCGUGGCAGAUGUGUUGUUACCUACCCUUACCACCUGGGGGCGGCCCUUCAGGAAGUCCAGGAUCCAGUUGCAGAGGGAGGUGUUUAGUCCCAGGGUCCUUAGCUUAGUGAUGAGCUUUGAGGGCACUAUGGUGUUGAACGCUGAGCUGUAGUCAAUGAAUAGCACUCACGUAGGUGUUCCUCUUCUCCAGGUGGGAAAGGGCAGUGUGGAGCGCAAUAGAGAUUGCAUAAUCUGUUGAUCUGUUGGGGUGGUAUGCAAAUUGGAGUGGGUCUAGGGUUUCUGGGAUAAUGGUGAUGUGAGCCAUGACCACCUUUCAAAGCACUUCAUGGCUACAGACGUGAGUCCUACGGGUCGGUAGUAAUUUAGGCAGGUUAUCUUAGUGUCCUUGGGCACAGGGACUAUGGUGGUCUGCUUGAAACAUGUUGGUAUUACAGACUCAGUCAGGGACAUGUUGAAAAUGUUUGUUGAAGACACUUGCCAGUUGGUCAGCGCAUGCUCGGAGUACACAAAAAAAUAUAUAGAGAAACUCCUGAAUGAGUAGGCGUGCGACACAAUAGGCUGGUAGGGACAAAGCACAACAUUUCGUUGUAUUAAAUCCUUACAUUCUAUAAAUUGCGUAUAUAGGCUGUGACUUACUUAGAAUUAAAUACAAAAUAAAUGAAAAAUUACUUAUUAGUGCCUUUUUUAUUUCAUUUUUAGAAACAUGAGAUUGGCCAGUCUGUGGCUUCAGGCUCAUGCGAUGGUGCCUGGAGAGCAGGCCAGAAGCAGAGAAUAUCCUCCACACUUGCAGAGCCACUGGGAAUGCUAAACAACCUUUUGGCCACUCUUGCCAGAGUUGUUUUAUUUUUCUAUAGGUAGGCCUAAACGUUUUUAGGCUAAAUAACCCAAUCAAAAAUGCCAGGCCUAUUGGGCCAAAAUCAAUUAUGGCCUAUUGUAUAGAUAAUAGAACGAAAAUGAACGAAACGUUUAAGAGAUCUGAUUUGUAGUUUAUAAAUACUUUGCUACACUUAGUUAUCUACCCACCUCGUUCCUUUCUUUUAGCAUGUGCACGUAGUAAGUACACCAUCAUACUUCAGAUAAGUGUGUUUUCAGAUUCCACAAUGAUUAUUUAGUUGUGGACACUACAUCACCACACUCCCUCUAUUGCUCUUGGUCGUCAUCUUUGUAAGUCACCUUGAUUUAGCACCUGUCUGUUUUAUCAGUUUCUUUAUGAAAAUAUUUAGCGAACUCCAUGACAGUAGCAAAAGCAAGGGGCUAUUAGCAGCCCACAAGUAGACUACAAAUGCAUGCUGGGGCAGGUAUGCCCUAAGCUCGUGAAGUGAGUGCUACUGGACGAAAUUAAAGCGGGUGAGAAGGCCGAUGCUCCAGCCUUUGGGACUCUCACUCCACGCUCUAGUCAAAUUGGGCACGCUCCGCUCCUCCCUCCGCUCCGCUCACAUACUCUGAUCCACGCUACAUUGCAGGGCCUAGUGGUAGGGCAUGGUUUGUUUACUUGAUAUUGGAGGUGAUGUAAGUUGUGCCUUUUGACAGAGCAUUGACACAUUCACCAAAAGUCAGGUGCAUAAGGAUAUUUGCGCAUUUCAUGUAUAUAGGCCUUUUUCAAUAUGUUACUGAUAUCUAACCACAGGUAAACUAUUGUCCAAUCAGGCUAAGGUGGUUGUUUGAUAACUGCAAUCUGUGACCCUCCGUUGAGAAUCAAAUUAUUCCAAGUGUCUGUUUCAUGCAUAUACAGAAUACUGAUGUUGUAUUUUUGUGCAGUCGUCCAUAGAGGCUGAUGGAGUUAAGUUAGCUAGAUAUAGUCCUUUGACAGUGGAUGACGUAAUCUAAUUUCAUCGUUGUAGAUCCAUGGUCACCAGCCUUUUCUGAGUCAAGAUAACUUUCACAGUCAAAAAGCAAGCCGAGAUUUACUGCUUUGAUAUUAUUUUCUUCAAACAUGACUUAAAAAAACGUAUGCCUAUGCAACAUUAACGUAAUAAAAACUGUUCUGUAGGAGUGAGGUUUGUGCAGAAGGCCUAAUACAUUGUCACAGCAUAUUGGCUAUGCUUGACCUGCCAAUAUUGUUCUUAUCAGACCAUAUUAUACACGAUAUGUACAAAAGUUGUGGACACCCCUUCAAAUUAGUGGAUUUGGCUAUUUCGGCUACACCUGUUGCUGACAGGUGUAUACAAUCGAGCACACCGCCAUGCAAUCUCCAUAGACAAACAUUGACAGUAGAAUAGCCUUACUGAAGAGCUUAGUGACUUUCAGCGUGGCACCGUCAUAGGAUGCCACCUUUCCAACAAGUUAGUUUGUCAAAUUUCUGCCCUGCUAGAGCUUCCCCGGUCAACUGUAAGUGCUGUUAUUGUGAAGUGGAAAUGUCUAGGAGCAACAACGGCUCAGCCGCGAAGUGGUAAGCCACACAAGCUCACAGAACGGCACCGCCGAGUGCUGAAGCGCGUAAAAAUCAUCUGUCCUCUGUUGCAACACUCACUACAGAGUUCCACUGCCUCUGGAAGCAAUGUCAGCAAAAUAACUGUUCGUCUGGAGCUUCAUGAAAUGGGUUUCCAUGGCCGAGCAGCCGCACACAAGCCUAAGAUCACCACACGCAAUGCCAAGCGUCAGCUGGAGUUGUGUAAAGCUCGCCGCCAUUGGACUCUGGAACAGUGGAAAUGCGUUCUCUGGAGUGAUGAAUCACGCUUCACCAUCUGACAGUCCGACGGAUUAAUCUGGGUUUGGCGGAUGCCAAGAGAACGUUACCUGCCCCAAUGCAUAGUGCCAACUGUAAAGUUUGGAGGAGGAGGAAUAAUGGUCUGGGGCUGUUUUUUCAUGGUUUUGGCUGGGCCCCUUAGUUCCAGUGAAGGGAAAUCUUAAAGCUACAGCAUACAAUGAAAUUCUAGACGAUUCUGUGCUUCCAACUUAGUGGCAACAGUUUGGGGAAGGCCCUUUCCUGUUUCAGCAUGACUAUGCCCCUGUGCACAAAGCGAGGUCCUUACAGAAAUAGUUUGUUGAGAUCUGUGUGGAAGAACUUGACUGGCCUGCACAGACCCCUGACCUCACCCCAUGGAACACCUUUGGGAUGAAUUGGAACACCGACUGCGAGCCAGGCCUAAUUGCCCAACAUCAGUGCCCGACCUCACUAAUGCUCUUGUGGCUGAAUGGAAGUAAGUCCCUGCAGCAAUGUUCAAUCAUCUAGUGGAAAGUCUUCCCAGAAGAGUGGAGGCUGUUAUAGCAGCAAAGGUGAGAUAUUCGACGAGCAGGUGUCCACAUACUUUUGGUCAUGUAGUGUAUUUCAAAACAUGAGCUUUGAUAACAAAAUAGAUCAGCUGUAUCACUUGCGAGGCACAGCUGAAUAUAAAUUGAGAUAUUUGCUAAUAAUUAGUUUUAUUUUACUGGACUGAUGGUGCCUGAAUCUGAUUGUUACACUCAGCGAAGGAAGAGCAGGGUCCGUGCUAUCCGUGAUCCUUGGGACGUCUCUACCCCGUUUUGAAGUUGACAUGUAACAUGGUUAAGGGUUAGCGUUAGGUAAGGGUCGACCGGUUGGUGAUAACUGUUGUAGACUGUCUAUCUUUGCCAUUCAUUUGGGAUUGAGGCAUAUACAGGAUCUACACACAUAACAGGUCAUUUUAGAGUGAUCUAUCACUUUAAACUUGUGUGCAAGUAUGAGUUGACUUGCUCUGGCUUGUGCUGAUAAGAGCACACGACACGGCCCACCCUGUGCUAGUCAUGUGAUUUCUAAAGAUCAGCUUGAACUUUUUUUUUAAUGACAGGACCGGCAGGAUAUUUGUUUACCUUUCACCAAUAUGCCUUUCUGCAUUGGUGUCUUUCACAUAGGUAUUUGGUACAACCGUAAUAAUAUCAGCAAGAUCUUCAUAAUCUUCACCCCUUCCUUAGGUUGAUUUAGGCUACAAGUUAAGUUCUACUUUACAUCAGAGUGCCUCACGGCAACAGUGGACAUGAGAAAGGCAAUGAUAAAGCAAUGCAAAUAGAAUUGCUGGUGAUCUCCCUGUAUUUUCCCCUGUUAUUCUCCCCAGAUUGUAAGAGUAAUGGAGGUUCUAAGCGCUACAGCCGCAAGCGAGAGCCCUCUGUUCCCAAGAGUGACAGUUUCCCUGGCCCUCGACGCACCAAUUCACAGAAAAGCAAGAAUUUUGACAAGAGACCCCCCCAGAGAGGUGGAGCCCGGCAGUAUGGCGUUACAGGUGGAGGAAGACAUGAAGAGGUGAGCAUUCACAAGAUAAAAAUAAUAUUUAUCUUUGUUGGCUAUGGAAUAAUGUUAAAUUAAGAGAGCUUUGUUAGGCCCUAUACUUGUAUAUUCCCACUUUGUGAUCGUAUUAGCUCUUAAAUAACACUUAUUAUAUUUACAAAUUAUUUAUAUGCUAGAAUGGUUUGAGUCACUGAUCGGUAGAAACAAGGCAGCAUCAACCCAUAGGAAUAUUAUUAUUCCUACCUGUGAAUCAGGAAAGUCGGGUUCUAAUUAUUUUCUCCUUUUCCUCAGGUAGCAGAGUGCCGCCAGGCCGAGUUCAGCCCGGCUCAGUUUGCUGGAUCUAAAAAGAUCAGUCUAAACCACUUGCUCAACUUCACGUUUGAGCCUCGUGUGGGCCAUGGUGGUCUUGGAGGAGAAGGACACUCCUGCUGGGGCCGCCGCAACAAGUGGGGCCACAAGCAUAAGCCCUUCAACAAGGAGCUUUUCCUGCAGGCCAAGUGAGCUCCCUCUCAAUUCAAAUCUUCCUUGUACAGUAUGACAGAAGCCUUCUUGAAUUGUUAGAUUGGUGUUUAUUAACUGUUUGUUCUCCUUUUACCUUAGCUGCCAGUUUGUGGUGACUGAUGACCAGGACUACAAGGCUCACUUCACUGACCCAGACACUUUAGUGAACUGGGACUGGGUGCAGCAAGUGGUAAGUUCCGUACAUCAGCCCUCUCUUUCGCUUGAAAUCUCCACCUCUAAUUGGACUUUUAAUGCAUAUAUUAUUUCCCCCCUCCAGCGCAUCUACAGUCAUGAGGUUCCCUCCUGCCCCAUCUGCCUCUACCCCCCGGUAGCGGCCCAUAUCACCCGCUGUGGCCACAUCUUCUGCUGGCCAUGCAUGCUGCACUACCUGUCUCUCAGUGACAAGAGCUGGUCCAAGUGCCCCAUCUGCUAUGAGUCUGUGCACUCUGAUGACCUCAAAAGGUUAGAGAGAUGUUAAACAGCCAUAUUAGAACAUUCUGUAUCGCUACCUUUGGGAAAUAAAAUAAAAUGGUGAAUAACACGCUUUAUCCCUUCAUCUCUCACUGCAGUGUGGUUGCGAUGGAAACCAGGCAGUAUGCAGUCGGUGACCUCAUCACCAUGUGCUUAAUGCGGAGGGAGAAGGGGGCUCUGGUGGCCAUGCCCAGCUCUCAGUGGGUGAAGGUGGAGGAGCCUAUACUCCUUGGAGGUGAGAGAUGAGGAGGAUGAUUACCAUAUGUUUGUGUUGUCACGAUACCAGAAUUUUGACUUCCAUACCAGGUUUAGUAUCACGUUACUUGAUACCAAAUCGAUUCCACAACACACAAAAAACACAAGGAGAUGGACAGAUUUUCCAGGUUUGCUCUGAAAAUCACAUUUUUAAUAUAAAAACAAUAACAUUUAAUGUUUUAAGUCCACAGCAGUGAUUAAAUCACACCAGGGGACCACUUUUGAGGUCUUGGGAAAAAUCUAAUACAUUUUCAUUUGUGUAGUUACCCUUUAUUUCAUGUGCACAUGUACUUAGCAUCAGGGUUGCCAUGUCUGUGAUUUUUCCUGCAGCUUGGGCUACAUUGAAAAUGAGGUCCUGGUGAAAAUGUAUUGGUUGCUGGUUUUUGGGCUACUUCUAAAUUGCACCGUGGCCGCCAUGGCAUUUCUCUUUUAUAAAAAAAUAUAAAAAAUCUAUUAAUUUCACUGUGACCUGCUGCUGCUGACUAUCAGGCAGUGAGGCAGGCUGUUGGUGAGUGAGGAGGGCCAGAGGGGUGUGUUGAGAGUUGACUCAGCUGCCUGCUGCAGCACAGUGAGUGAGAAGAGAGUAGCAAGGAUGCACGCACGUCAUAACAAGUUUUUACCAGUUGUAUUUUGAUUGUCAUUAUGGAAACACCUAUUGGAUAAAUGUGGCAACUCCUCUCUUGCUGCGGGAAAAAUGUCUGGGCUAGUUUUCAGGCCUUGUGGGUGGAUUGGGUGUGAGUGGUCAUUGGGCUGGUAAUUGUAGCUAGACCUGGCAACCUUGCUUAGCAUUGUUUGGUUACCGGUUUCUGUAGCACACAUGGAGUUUGCAAAACAAAUGUCCACUGGAUUGAUGCAAAUAAUCAUGAUUCUUCCAGUUAGGCAUAGGUUACUUACAGAAGGGCAUUCCUGUGCCGUAGCGUCUUCAGAUAGUUUCAAGUUGUUGUGAUAUGAGUCAGUGAUGUGUUAUGAUAAGCUUGGGCUAGUUAAUAAAUGUUCUAAUAAGUAAAAUACAUUUAGUUGGUUUCCAAAUUUGAGAGACAUUUGAUAGAUGAACUGAAAGUAACAAAAUUCUAGUACCAAACCGUUUUUCAUGUUGUAGUUAUGGCUGUUGCGGUGACCGUAUUACCGCCACACAGGCAGUCAUGACCACAGUCAAAUUCAACAGUCACGGUAAUCUCCCUUUAUGCACUCUGGACAUGCGUUUGUAGUAACCAACUCAAUAACGACCGUCAGGUCGAUAAUGGCCUUGUGCUCUAUUGUACCUCUAACCAAUCUGACAUCAAUGCAAAUGCAAUCGAAAAGCACAUCAAACACUUAUCAUUAAAACAGUAUCAUGCUUUUAAAACUCACCGUUAGGCUACAUUUUUUGACUUCCCUGUGAUGGUCAGUUUGAAGAAAGAAGUUCAACAACAGGUUGAAACUGAGUGGAAAACAUGGUCGUUGUGGAUGUUGUUUCAAAGCCAAACACAACGGAAUGGACAGCGCUUUCUAACGUGAUUUAAUUCAAAGCAUUUAAGACAUUGCAUGUAGAACAUCCAUACGCAUAUUAGAGCUUAUGCAAACACAUAGGCCUAUAUAUGAGCCCAAGCCCCACCAAAAUGUGUGGAUUGUAUUAUGCAUACUGGAUGGACUGGGUUACCUUACGCUACGCUCCAAACUUUCUAUCCAUGGGUCUGGGAGGGAACGUACAGGCCUAGGCGAUGCUGUUGGUUCAUUGAUUGUGCAGGGCAGCUUAUGGAGUUAGCUACGUUUUAUAGUGAAUUUGAUUUUGAAUAACCUAGUAAUAGGGCACUUAUUUUCAUAAUUAAUAGGCUGACGCAUUACCUUUAGCUAUAGAAUAUCUCACCACUUUGUGUUUCCAUCUCCUCCUCUCUCCUUCAUUAAUUUCUCGAGCGCGCAGGGAUGGGGGCUGUCAACAGUUUAAUGAAAUGUUUUGUUGUGACAACUUGUUACUAUCGAUGUUCCCGACGUUUCACAAAUGAAGCACUGGGUAGCUGCAGGAACAUGGUUGGAGAGCCCAUGACAAACAUGCGUGAAGUGAAAUAAGUGUUCUCAUAAACAGACAUUUCUAUAUGCAAUCCCAUGUGAAAGCAGAGUUUUGAUGAUUGCCACUAAAAAGAGGAGGAUCCCAGCUGCUACUAUAAAACCGAAGUAGCCUACAUUUACAUUUUACAUUUUAGUCAUUUAGCAGACGCUCUUAUCCAGAGCGACUUACAGUUAGUGAGUGCAUACAUGAUUUUAUUUUUUAUUUAUUUAUUUUUUUCAUACUAUUUUUCAUACCCCGGUGGGAAUCGAACCCACAACCCUGGCGUUGCAAACGCCAUGCCCUACCAACUGAGCUACAUCCCUGCCGGCCAUUCCCUCCCCUACCCUAGACGACGCUGGGCCAAUUGUGCGCUGGGCCAAUUGUGCGCCGCCCCAUGGGUCUCCCGGUCACGGCCGGCUACGACAGAGCCUGGAUUCGAACCAGGAUCUCUAGUGGCACAGCUAGCACUGCGAUGCAGUGCCUUAGACCACUGCGCCACAUGCCUACCCUGCAUGAUUUACACUGCGGGAAAGCGGCUUCGAUUCGCUAUUCAAAUCAAAUCAAAUGUUAUUUGCCACAUGCGCCGAAUACAACAGGUGUAGGCAUUAGUGAAAUGCUUACUUACAAGCCCUUAACCAACAAUGCAUUUUUUAAACAACGUUUAAAAAAAGAAGUGUUAAUUUUUUUUUAAAGCAAAUAACUAAAGAGCAGCAGUAAAAUCAAAUAACAGUAGGGAGGCUAUAUACAGGGGGGUACCGGUGCAGAGUCAAUGUGCGGGGGCACCGGCUAGUCGAGGUAAUUGAGGUAAUAUGUACAGUGGGGAAAAAAAGUAUUUAGUCAGCCACCAAUUGUGCAAGUUCUCCCACUUAAAAAGAUGAGAGAAAAUCCAGAAAAUCACAUUGUAGGAUUUUUUAUGAAUUUAUUUGCAAAUUAUGGUGGAAAAUAAGUAUUUGGUCACCUACAACAAGCAAGAUUUCUGGCUCUCACAGACCUGUAACUUCUUUAAGAGGCUCCUCUGUCCUCCACUCGUUACCUGUAUUAAUGGCACCUGUUUGAACUUGUUAUCAGUAUAAAAGACACCUGUCCACAACCUCAAACAGUCACACUCCAAACUCCACUAUGGCCAAGACCAAAGAGCUGUCAAAGCACACCAGAAACAAAAUUGUAGACCUGCACCAGGCUGGGAAGACUGAAUCUGCAAUAGGUAAGCAGCUUGGUUUGAAGAAAUCAACUGUGGGAGCAAUUAUUAGGAAAUGGAAGACAUACAAGACCACUGAUAAUCUCCCUCGAUCUGGGGCUCCACGCAAGAUCUCACCCCGUGGGGUCAAAAUGAUCACAAGAACGGUGAGCAAAAAUCCCAGAACCACACGGGGGGACCUAGUGAAUGACCUGCAGAGAGCUGGGACCAAAGUAACAAAGCCUACCAUCAGUAACACACCAUGCCGCCAGGGACUCAAAUCCUGCAGUGCCAGACGUGUCCCCCUGCUUAAGCCAGUACAUGUCCAGGCCCGUCUGAAGUUUGCUAGAGUGCAUUUGGAUGAUCCAGAAGAGGAUUGGGAGAACGUCAUAUGGUCAGAUGAAACCAAAAUAUAACUUUUUUGUAAAAACUCAACUCGUCGUGUUUGGAGGACAAAGAAUGCUGAGUUGCAUCCAAAGAACACCAUACCUACUGUGAAGCAUGGGGGUGGAAACAUUAUGCUUUGGGGCUGUUUUUCUGCAAAGGGACCAGGACGACUGAUCCGUGUAAAGGAAAGAAUGAAUGGGGCCAUGUAUCGUGAGAUUGAGUGAAAACCUCCUUCCAUCAGCAAGGGCAUUGAAGAUGAAAUGUGGCUGGGUCUUUCAGCAUGACAAUGAUCCCAAACACACCGCCCGGGCAACGAAGGAGUGGCUUCGUAAGAAGCAUUUCAAGGUCCUGGAGUGGCCUAGCCAGUCUCCAGAUCUCAACCCCAUAGAAAAUCUUUGGAGGGAGAUGAAAGUCUGUGUUGCCCAGCGACAGCCCCAAAACAUCACUGCUCUAGAGGAGAUCUGCAUGGAGGAAUGGCCCAAAAUACCAGCAACAGUGUGUGAAAACCUUGUGAAGACUUACAGAAAACGUUUGACCUGUGUCAUUGCCAACAAAGGGUAUAUAACAAAGUAUUGAGAAACUUUUGUUAUUGACCAAAUACUUAUUUUCCACCAUAAUUUGCAAAUAAAUUCAUAAAAAAAUCCUACAAUGUGAUUUUCUGGAGAAUUUUUUUUCUCAUUUUGUCUGUCAUAGUUGACGUGUACCUAUGAUGAAAAUUACACGCCUCUCUCAUCUUUUUAAGUGGAAGAACUUGCACAAUUGGUGGCUGAUUAAAUACUUUUUUCCCCCACUUUACAUGUGGGUAGAGUUAAAGUGACUAUGCAUAAAUAAUAGACAGAGUAGCAGCAGUGUAAAUGAGGGGGUGGGGGGGCAGUGCAAAUAGUCUGGGUAGCCAUGAUUAGCUGUUCAGCAGUCUUAUGGCUUGGGGGUAGAAGCUGUUGAGAAGCCUUUUGGACCUAGACUUGGCGCUCCGGUACCGCUUGCCGUGCGGUAGCAGAGAGAACAGUCUAUGGGUGGCUAGGGUGGCUGGAGUCUUUGACAAUUUUGAGGGCCUUCCUCUGACACCGCCUGGUAUAGAGGUCCUGGAUGGCAGGAAGCUUGGCCCCAGUGAUGUACUGGGCCGUACGCACUACCCUCUGUAGUGCCUUGCGGUCGGAGGCCGAGCAGUUGCCAUACCAGGCGGUGAUGCAACCAGUCAGGAUGCUCUCGAUGGUGCAGCUGUAUAACUUUUUGAAGAUCUGAGGACCCAUGCCAAAUAUUUUCAAUUUCCAAACACCUGAAGGUACCACGUUCAUCUGUACAAACAAUAGUAUGCAAGUAUAAACACCAUGGGACCACGCAGCCGUCAUACCGCUCAGGAAGGAGACGCGUUCUGUCUCCUAGAGAUGAACGUACUUUGGUGCGAAAAGUGCAAAUCAAUCCCAGAACAACAGCAAAGGACCUUGUGAAGAUGCUGGAGGAAACAGGUACAAAAGUAUCUAUAUCCACAGUAAAACGAGUCCUAUAUUGACAUAACCUGAAAGGCCGCUCAGCAAGGAAGAAGCCACUGCUCCAAAACCACCAUAAAAAAGCCAGACUACGGUUUGCAACUGCACAUGGGGACAAAGAUCAUACUUUUUGGAGAAAUGUCCUCUGGUCUGAUUAAACAAAAAUAGAACUGUUUGGCCAUAAUGACCAUCGUUAUGUUUUGAGGAAAAAGGGGGUUGCUAAAACAUCAUCCCAACCGUGAAGCACGGGGGUGGCAGCGUCAUGCUGUGGCGGUGCUUUGCUGCAGGAGGGACUGGUGCACUUCACAAAAUAGGUGGCAUCAUGAGGAAGGAAAACUAUGUGGAUAUAUUGAAGCAAUAUCUCAAGACAUCAGUCAGGAAGUUUAAAGCUUGGUCGCAAAUGGGUCUUCCAAAAGGAUACUUCCAAAGUUGUGGCAAAAUGGCUUAAGGACAACAACGUCAAGGUAUUGGAGUGGCCAUCACAAAGCCCUGACCUCAAUCCUAUAGAACAUUUGUGGGCAGAACUGAAAAAGUGUGUGCGAGCAAAGAGGCCUUCAAACCUGACUCAGUUACACCAGCUCUGUCAGGGGGAAUGGGCCAAUUCACCCAACUUAUUGUGGGAAGCUUGUGGAAGGCUACCCGAAACGUUUGACCCAAGUUAAACAAUUUAAAGGCAAUGCUACCAAAUACUAAUUGGGUGUAUGUAAACUUCUGACCCACUGGGAAUGUGAUGAAAGAAAGAAAAGCUGAAAUAAAUCACUCUCUACUAUUAUUCUGACAUUUCACAUUCUUAAAAUAAAGUGGUGAUCCUAACUGACCUAAGACAGGGAAUUUUUACUAGGAUUAAAUGUCAGGAAUUGUGAAAAACAGAGUUUAAAUGUAUUUGGCUAAGGUGUAUGUAAACUUCCGACUUCAACUGUAUGUAUUCACCCCCUUUGCUAUGAAGCCCCGUGGUCCUCUGUAGCUCAGCUGGUAGAGCACGGCGCUUGUAACGCCAAAGGUAGUGGGUUCGAUCCCCGGGACCACCCAUACACAAAAAAAUUUAUGCACGCAUGACUAAGUCGCUUUGGAUAAAAGCGUCUGCUAAAUGGCAUAUUAUUAUUAUUAUUAUAAGCCCCUAAAUAAGAUCUGGUGCAACCAAUUACCUUCAGAAGUCACAUAAUUAGAUUGCAUACAGGUGGACUUUAUUUAUUUAACUAAGUGUCACAUGAUCUCAGUAUAUAUACACCUGUUCUGAAAGGCCCCAGAGUCUGCAACACCACUAAGCAAAGGGCACCAUCAAGCAAGCGGCACCAUGAAGACCAAGGAGCUCUCCAAACAGGUCAGGGACAAAGUUGUGGAGAAGUACAGAUCAGGGUUGGGUUAUAAAAAAAUAUCAGAAACUUUGAACAUCCCACGGAGCACCAUUAAAUCCAUUAUUAAAAAAUUGAAAGAAUAUGGCACCACAACAAACCUGCCAAGAGGGGGCCGCCCACCAAAAUUAAAGGACCAGGCAAGGAGGACAUUAAUCAGAGAGGCAACAAAGAGACCAAAGAUAACCCUGAAGGAGCUGUAAAACGCCACAGCGGAGAUUGGAGUAUCUGUCUAUAGGACCACUUUAGGCCGUACACUCCACAGAGCAAGCCAUUGCUUAAAGAAAAAAAAUAAGCAAACACGUUUGGUGUUCGCCAAAAGCCAUAUGGGAGACUUCCCAAACAUAUGGAAGAAGGUACUCUGAGCUUUUUGGCCAUCCAGGAAAACGAUAUGUCUGGCGCAAACCCAACACCUCUCAUCACCCCCAGAACACCAUCCCCACAGUGAAGCAUGGUGGCGGCAGCAUCAUGCUGUGGGGUUGUUUUUCAUCGGCAGGGACUGGGAAACUGGUUAGAAUUGAAGGAAUGAUGGAUGGCGCUAAAUACAGGGAAAUUCUUGAGGGAAACCUGUUUCAGUGUUCCAGAGAUUUGAGACUGGGAUGGAGGUUCACCUUCCAGCAGGACAAUGACCCUAAGCAUACUGCUAAAGCAACACUUGAGUGGUUUAAGGGAAACAUUUAAAUGUCUUGGAAUGGCCUAGUCAAAGCCCAGACCUCAAUCCAAUUGAGAAUCUGUGGUAUGACUUAAAGAUUGCAGUACACCAGCGGAACCAAUCCAACUUGAAGGAGCUGGAGCAGUUUUGCCUUGAAGAAUGGGCCAAAUUCCCAGUGGCUAGAUGUGCCAAGCUUAUAGAGACAUACCCCAAGAGACUUGCAGCUGUAAUUGCUGCAAAAAGUUGCUCUACAAAGUAUUGACUUUGGGGGGGUGAAUAGUUAUGCAUGCUCAAGUUCUGUUUUUUUGUGGUAUUUCUUGUUUGUUUCACAAUAAAAACUAUUUUGCAUCUUCAAAGUGGUAGGCAUGUUGUGUAAAUCAAAUGAUACAAACCCCCAAAAAAUCAAUUUUAAUUCCAAGUUGUAAGGCAACAGAAUAGGAAAAAUGCCAAGGGGGGUGAAUACUUUCGCAAGCCACUCUAUUGUGAUGGUGUAUAUUAAAUGGAUUUAUUAGACUUUUUAAAUGUAAAUGUUCCAAAGGCGCGCAUCAGUGGCUUGUAUGCCAAGAGAUGACAAACAUGUUUGUUAAUUAACAGUAAAUUACUGUGUGACCAGCAGUCAUUUGCAUGACAAUAACCGGCUAACAAAAUGUAAUGUCCGCCACAAUCCUAGUUUGUAGUAUUGAAAAAGUACCAACGUUUUAGUGUACCGUGCAACACUAUGUUUACCACAUACCUGUGUCUGUGGUAUGGUAUAUGUGAGUCGUUGUGACAUGGCUGUACCCCUGUGCUGUAGAUGUGCAUCUGAGCCCGUACUCCAAGUUGCUGCUGGCCUCUCGGGAGCAGGUGCUGGGCCUGGUGGCUGAGGAGAAGGCCGCUCUGCAGGAUCAGCUCACCCAGGGAGAGGAUGCCACAGCCUGUUUCAUCCAGAGUGCCCUGUGCAAUCUGCAGGUAACACUGACAAACUAACAGCUUGUCAUUUAAAAUACAGACCGCUUCUACUGCAUGAAGCAAGAAGUGUUAUGUGUGUGAAGUUUGACUUGUUACCCAAACUUAGGUCAAGUCAUAUAUUAUAUGCCUAUAUAGCAUGAACUGACCCCCUCUCUUUCCUCUGCUGUGAUCCAGGAGCGAGAGGAGGCUCUGCUGAAGCACCAGAAGGCAUGUGCUGAGGACAACCUGGAACUGUCAAAUCUCACCCUGGCAGACCCCCCCUGCCCUGAGGAGGAAGUGGUGACCACCUUCAGCAGUACCAAGGUAAGUGUUUGCAUGUAUAACCUGUUAAUGUACUCUCCAAACUCGCCCCUGUUAUUGGCUCUGAGAGAUUCUCCAUGUUUUACUCUUUCCAGCCAGUUCUGCAGUACUCCUCUGCAUUUGAUGAUGAGGUGGCAGAGGUUCCAGAGGAGGACCAUGAGGAGGCCACAGGUGAGGAACCACAGCUCCCUGAAGGGCUCCUGGAGAGUGUGCUGGAGGAGAACCCUGAGGUCUCAGAGGAUGCAGCUCCAGCGCCCCAGCCUGCUGACGAGAACCCUCUCAACCAGGCUGAAACAGUGCGCCCCCAAACCUCAGAGUAUGGCCCCUCCUACUACUUCUACCAAGGUAGGAUACCCUUUAGCAGAACUACUGUUUAUCGGUGUCUCUCCACUCAAUGGCUACCUUGUCCUCUUUAUUGCAUUCAAAAGUCCAGUCUCUGUACUCAAUCCUUUCUUUCUCCUUCCAGCGGAGGACUGCCAGCAGAUGUUCCUGCAUCCAGUGAACGUGCGCUGUCUGCAACGUGAGUAUGGCAGCCUGGAGGCCAGCCCCCACACCAUCACUGCCACUGUGGUGGAGAUUGAGGGGCAAACUAUCACUGAGGUAAGUGAUUAGAUCUUAAACAUAAUUCUCACACAUGUUUAUUCUUGAAAAUGUACCAAGACUUUGUUUCUUCUGGUUCAUCCCUGGAAUAUGUGCAAUAUCUCAGGGUUUCAUUGUUUUGAUUCUCUUGGCUACAGGAGAUUCGCCGUCGACACCGCUACCUGGCUCACCUGCCGCUCACCUGUGAGUUCAGCAUCUGUGAGCUGGCCCUGCAGCCCCCUACCCUGUCCAAAGAGACCCUGGACAGCUUUGCAGGUCAAAUAACCUAAAAAUACGUUUUCUAUUCUAUUCAAUUCAUGUACAUGGCUUCUUAGAGUAAAUACUAAUCUAAUACUGAUCUUCUUUCUCCAUCACUCUUAUUUUUCUGACUCUCAGAUGACUUGGAGAAAAGAAAGCGUCUCAGACAAAAGAAAGCAAGGGAUGAGAAGCGCAGGGAGAGGCGUAUUGAGAUGGAGGAGAACAAGAAGCAGGGGAAAUGUGAGUCUAUUUUACUUUUGGUUGUUUCUCAAUGUAGAAUGUGUAACUGAAAAAUUGUCAUCAGAUAAAGUAUCUUCAUAUGAAUGUUCUCUCUCAGAUCCAGAGGUGCAUAUUGGGCUGGAGAAUCUUCAGCAGUUCCCGGCAUUUGGGUCACCACCUCACAACGGCAGUCCACCAGUGUAUCCUGAAUUUCUGUUGGCCCCUCCCUCAGCCCUCAGCAGCAGCGCCGUCUCUGGUGAGACCAGCUCUUUCAACUGUCCUUUAUUUUGAUCGGCUUGGAAAAGUAAAGUGUCCCUGUUUUAUGGACUCCUGAUAGGAAUGUUUGCAUUUUGAGCCAUGAAAUUCGUAUUUUUGACAAAAAAUAGCACAUUACAAACAGUGCCUAGUAAGUGUGAGCCUUGUAAACUGAAACUGCCAUUUCCCUCUUGUUGUAGAUGGGAUGAUGUUCCCCAGUCUGACUGGAUACAGCCCUGCGCCCAGCGUGGGCUGUGUGGAGGAUGACUCUCACUGCAUGUCCUUCGCUCAGGUCUGUAGGCCUAACUCAUUCAUUCACCCACUUCGAUAUGUCUGUACCUACUAUUUUCAUUACGGACCGAUUACCUUGGAUGUCAGGAUGUCACAACUUUUGGAUGUCAACAAUUUACACCAGUAAUAGACAAUUUGUAUGACUUUCUCAUCACCCCUCAUUCUCCCCUGUAUAGAUGCUGAGAGAUGGGAAAGCCAGGGCUGAUGCUGGGCCAUGGACCACUCCAAAGAAAGGUGACAACUCCACGUCUAAAUCCUUCAUUUCUCUUCAGUGUCUGUUAGUGUUUGCUCAAAUCAGUUGGCCAGACGAGCAUUGUCAGCUGAACCCUAUAUUUGUUUGGACCAUACAGUGUCAGUGUUGGACCAUGUUUGACUCCUGUUUUUCUGUGCCGCUCCCUCAGACAUGCUUCUGGCUCCUCCAGUGGCAGACAGCGAUGGAGAGAGUGAUGUGUCUGACCGGGCCCCAGUGCCCAGUUUCCAGAACUCUUUCAGCCAGGCCUUUGAGGAGGCCCUCCUGCAGCUGGACCACAGUCCAACUGCUCCACCACAACCGGUGGUCAUCCCUGGUCAGUCUUUCACUUUGUUUGUCUGUGUCUUUGCUUGUGUAAGUGAUGCCUUAUUUGUGGAGUUAGAAGAUUUGAAUACUUAUCCCAUUCUCUCUCUUUCAGAGGAAAAGGGGGGAAAGAAGAAGAAGAAGCAGAAACAGAAGCUUCUGUUCAGCACCUCCAUGGUUCACACAAAGUAGACCACACAAGUUGAAACUUAUCCCUUUACCCUCUCAGAUUUUAAUUUGAUCCAUCUCCUGCUACCACGCUGUCAUUUUUCCAUGCGGCUCUAUUUUAGAAUGAUAUACAAUGGAGAUGUUUUGUUGUUGUAUGUAGCCAUGGUAAGUAAUGCCUCCACCACAGUCCCACUCACAAUUUCUUCACUCAAACAUUGUGCAAUUGGUUUAUUAUGUAUUCUAUAAUACUUCUGUUGCACAAAGAUUUGUUCCACCUUCCUGCCACAUUGAAAAUCUUCAACAAAGAAAUGCUGUAUGGAUGGAGGGUAGAAUGAGUAACAUUUGUUAUAGAGACCAUAUUAGGAUCUACUUUGGUGGAAUGGAAUAGUUUUAAGGGGUGCAUUUUAUUUGGGGUAGCAGUCAGCCAGCUGCAGGUACGUCAUACCCUUUGAACCCUUCCCAGAGUUUCAAUCCCAAGUCCCAAAGACUGUCAGCCCUGAAUUUGGUCUUCAAAAAAAUGUCUGCUUAACUAACAAAAACUAAAAACUCAUCCUAUGCAAGUUGUAUGUUCUGUUUGAGCUUCACUCUGAUUUGGCCUGAACAUAGCAGAACCUCUAUGCAUGAGUCUGAUUCUCAUACCGGUCUGAAAUGCAAGGAAUACAGUGUAGCUAGUAUUAAAGAAAGGAUUGG